CGUUCUUAGUGUUAGACAAAUUUCAGAUCUCGAACACACAGCGAAUGUAUUCUUCAUUCUGUUUCGAAGAGAAAUGGCGAGAAGAAGUUAAUUUGAAGGCUACGAUGAGGAAAGAUUCGUUGAUUAAGUUCAAUUACUUUCAACCGUCGCAGACUGAGAGAAGAGUUUCAAACGCGGUUUUAAAUCGAUUUUAUCGACGUUCAAAGCAAGGAGCUGGACGCAUGAGUUCUGUGUCUAAAACGUUUCCUUGAUGGCUGAAGCAUUUUCCGCAGCUGAAGAAGCUUUACGAGCUACUGCAUCGGUCACUGGCGGGAAAUUUGUGAUCACCAUCAGCACUGAUAGUCUAGAAGUUGCAAAAGAAGUGACAAAAGAAGUGACAAAAGAAGUGUGUGCAACAAUCACUAAACUAGGAUUGGGUCUUGGAGCUCUGUACUCUGGUUAUAGUUUGUUAAAACCAUUAGUCGACGCUGCAGUUAAAAAAGCUCUGGGUGGAGACCGCGAUGAUCAAGAUCCCCCUGGUAUUCGACCAGGAUGUUUGCAUGUUGACUUACAUUGUUUCACAGACGAAAGGUUCCUGGAAGUCUUGGAGGAUUACAAAUCAGGAAAGAUGAAGGAACGCUUCCAGGAAUGUGGACUGUCAAUGGUUGGAAUUAAAGUGGCAGGAAUGAAGGUGGAGAUUGAAAACAUGGAGGAGGUGAAUGAAACAAGAAAAGUUAUUAGGAAAAGAGAAAUGGCGAGAAGAAGUUCAUUUGGAGGCUACGAUGAGGAAAGAUUCGUAAAUAAAGUCGACGCUAAGCUGCUUUGUUCGAUCUGUUUCAAGGUGGUCAAAGACCCAGUGCAAUGCCCAAACGAGCACGAUUUUUGUCGCUCGUGUAUUCAAAAGUGGUUACAGGAAAGCUCCGAAACUUGCCCAACUUGCCAACACCAUCUCACGGAAGAAAACUUGGCUAAACCGAGAUUUUUGACGGAAACGUUGGAUAGUCUCAAGAUUCGUUGCGAUUACGCAAGCCGUGGUUGUCGAGAAGUGGUCGAGCUUGAAUUUCUUGAUCGACAUGUCGAGAGAUGUGGCUAUUCACCAACACGUUGUACAAACACGGGCUGUUCUGAAAUCAUCAACCGAAACGAGCAAGAACGACAUGAGAACGAGCUUUGUCGUUUUCGUAUCAUUGUCUGUGACGAGUGCAAGCAACAAGUGACGCCCGAGUCAAGUCGUUCACAUCCUUGUUUCAUGAGAAAGGAAAUUGACGAAUUGACGAAAAAGCUGGAGAAAGAAAGAAUGAAGAAAGAACAGAGUGAAGAGUUUAUUCGAAAGUUGAUGGCCGAUGUUGCCCGUCAAAACGUUGUCAUUGAUGAUCAUCAGCGCAAAAUGAACAGCAUGACGUCAGAAGUGAAAUAUCCAAGCAACGAAACAAGAGAAAAUGGCACCGGAAGACGAAAGAUAUUUGUCUGCGGAGGGCGGAACGAUAAACAUCUCCUUAAUACCGUAGAAUCGUUCAGCUGGCCUAUAAAUAUCUGGGCACCAGAACAAGAAAUGGGAAUAAGCCGAGUAUGUUCUUCCUCGUUUCUAUACGAGGGUCAAAUAUAUGUCAGUGGAGGAUGGACUGGACACGAGAUGACUGACACUAUUAAAAUGCGGAGAAUGGAUCAAGAAUGGAUCGAGGCUCCUGUCAAGAUGCCAAUCAAGUGUCGAGGACACGGAAUGGUUUGUAACGAAGACAAAGCAAUUUUAACUGGUGGACGUAUUAACGAAGACGAUAUUUCUGAUGGGAUUUAUGAAAUUAAACUAACUCCCCCAUACACGACGACGUUAUUGACCCAGUUGCCUGAGCGAAAAUAUUACCAUGGUUGCGAGAUUAUUGACAACGAAGUCGUGGUUGUUGGUGGACGAACAUCAGACCUCAACGAGGACACUAAAAACACUGUGUAUGCAUACGAUGUUAACAAUAAUGAAUGCAAAACCCUGCCGCCACUGCCAUUUCCUGUCGCUGAGAUGGCUAGUGUUAGUUAUAAAAGUAAUAUAAUUUUGAUCGGAGGUCAUAACGAGAAAGGCAGAACAUUGAACACAGUAUUCAUGUACGAAGUGAAAACAGGUAAAAUUAAGAUGUUACCUUGUCUUAAUCAUAAAAGAGCAGCAUGUACAGCAGUUAUCACUGGCAAUUUGACUGUCGUCAUGGGUGGUUUUGAUUAUGAAACUGAAACAUGUCUCAGUUCGGUCGAGUGCUUAGAUUUAAGUACCAAUGAAUGGAGAGAAUUAUCUCCGAUGACAGAGAAACGAGGUUUUGCAACUGCAGUUCUAUUAUCGUAGACUAUUUUCAAACGAACCAAUGGGACAUGAAGUCAUGAACAUUGUUAAACAUGAUGUUGCAUUAUAAAUGUGCAUUGAAAAGGAUGAUCAUUUCACUUUGAACAAUUAAAAUAAAUAUCAGCGUAAUAAUUGAUCAUUGAAAAAUAAGACUUAUAGUAACCAUAAUUUUCUAAACCGCUUAUACACACAAUUAUGAACUAAAUAAAACAGAAGCACAUG